GCCGGAAUUAUGAAUUGCGAAAAAAGAGGGUUUGGAAGGAAUGGAUUGGAUGAGGAGUCCCAAUUCCUCGUCUGGAAGAGUUGUUGAGAACGGGUAGAUCUGGUGGCUAUAUCGGAGUAAUUGGAGGUUAAUGGUGGGUGAUAAGAGGUGAAUGGGAGUUGACUUAAAGGACUAAAUUCUCCCCAAUCACAUCCUAAACUACGACUUCCAGGCCGGCGAAACUCGCUUCCACCGAUACCAACCAUCAUAAUGUUGUCGUUGUCCUCCGUCCUUGUUGGACUUACAUCCCUAACCACACUCACCUCUGCCGCGUGUACGCGCGACCUUCUGGUGGAUACGGCCGCAAAAUGGGUCUAUCUCCAAUCUUCAGGAGAUCAUGGGCAAUUCGACAAUCUUAGUUACAACCUCACAUAUCUCGAGAAUAACAAAACCUCCUCAAUUCUCUCUGGCCAGCCCGCCUGGCCCGUAAACAUCGCCUUCAAUCGUUCCGUAUACGACACUACGCUCUGCAAAAUCUUCACCGAGCUGAUCGUCACCGAUCCGACACACCCGAUGGUGUUUGCCACGCAAUUGUAUCUCGACGAGGAGGGAAGCGUAACCAAAAUCGACAGCUUGGUGACGGACAAAGGAGAUUGGGCAUUCAAUGCAACAGGAUAUAUGUACUGGAACAGUCUGGAGAAUUGGGAUCCCAUCCCACCCUCUAAGCGCCUAUCCCGCGCCACUCUCCAAGCCGCUGCUGACGCCUACGCCGACCGCUGCAACAACGUCUCCGUCAUUGUCCCUUUUGGAACUCCCUGCGCUCGUCUUGAAGGCGGUGCAUACACCGGCCGCGGAAAUCUCACCGCAAAUACGUGCAACAUCGGUGGAUUACCGGAACAUGUAGAGAUGUCGAAUAGAAGGUACGUGAUUGAUGAGGAGAUGGGGACUGUGGAUAUUUUCCUCGGAUUCCAGGGACUAGAUCGAACGAGGCCGAAGGAAGGGACUCCGGAUAGUCAUUUUUUUAGGAUUGAGGAUGGGAAGAUUAGGUACAUUCAUACUGUCAGUGCCUGUUGGGUUGAUGGAUGUGGGAUGAAUGGGACGGGGAUUCCGACGCCGAGAAGGAGAUGA